AUGGAUGUCAUUGGCCCAAUUGAGCCAGCCACCUCUAAUGGACAUAGAUUUAUUUUGGUUGCCAUUGAUUACUUCACCAAGUGGGUGGAAGCAAAUUCUUAUAAAUCUGUGACGAAGAAGGUAGUAACUGAUUUUGUUCGUAACAACUUGAUAUGUCGAUUUGGACUACCUAAUUCCAUUAUUACAUGCAAUACUGCAAAGCUCAAUAGUCAUUUGAUGAAGGAGAUAUGUGAGCAAUUCAACAUUACUCACCGAAAUUCGACUGCUUAUCGUCCUCAAAUGAAUGGAGCCGUAGAAGCUGCCAAUAAGAACAUCCAAAAGAUUUUGAGAAAUAUUAUUGAUAAUCACAAAGGUUGGCAUGAGAUGUUACCAUAUGCUUUGUUGAGAUAUCGAACAACCGUUAGAACAUCAAUCGGAGCAACCCCAUACUUGUUAGUAUAUGGGACAGAAGCAGUGAUACCUGCUGAAGUUGAAAUACCUUCAUUAAGGAUCAUUCAAGAAGACAAACUGAGCAAUACUGAUUGGGUUUGUAAUCAAAUUGAAUACUUAGCCUUAAUUGAUGAAAAGAGGAUGACCGCUGUUUGUCAUGGCCAAUUAUAUCAACAGAGAAUGAUUCGUGCUUUCAACAAAAAAGAUUACAAGGAUCUCAAGAGAUCAUCAUGUUCAACAAAUAUAGGAAAGUCAGAAGAGCAAAAGCGCCCAAGACUGACAUUUUCUUUAUGCAGGAAAGGCAUUGAUAUUCCUGCGAUAAGAAGUAGUUAA